UCGGUAGCACAGUAAAACUGGUUUUCAGUAUUCGGAAAAACAUAACAACUACCUACUUCUAGGAUGUCAAGAUGACAAAAAAAAUGUAUGGGAGGGAAAUUGUUUGGGUCUCACACGCAACACUUGUCUGUCUGAAUGCGUCACUCGAACAGGAAAUUCCAAAACUUUAGAAACACAGAUUUCAGUUUAGCAUUAGCAUCGAUAGACAUAUUUUACGGAGACGCCUAUAUGCAUAUUUGAUACGAGUCGUAACUUAAUCAUAUAUUUGGAACUGGGUUCCAUUUACCUUUCAUUAUGAAUGCCAUAGCUGAGCCCUAUGUUCAAAUAAUUGAACAGCCUAAGCAACGAGGUAUGCGUUUUCGAUAUAAAUGUGAAACACCAUUUGCAGGCAGCAUUCCUGGUGAACACAGCACAGACACCAACAGAACAUAUCCUGCUAUCAAGGUAAUGAAUUUUUAUGGGAGAGUAAAGGUCAGAAUUACACUGGUAACAAAGGAUGAACUCCGUAAACCACAUCCCCAUAAUCUGGUCGGGAGGGACUGCAAAGAUGGCUACUAUGAGAUAGAGUUUGGACCCGAUGACAAAAUUUUAUCGUUUCAAAACAUUGGUAUACAGUGUGUGAAAAGAAAUGAAGUCCGGGAUGCUAUUUUGCUUCGAAUGACCCAAAACAUCAACCCCUUUAAUGUUCCUCAAGAAGCACUGUUGCGUGUGGAAGACUAUGAUCUAAAUGUAGUGCGACUGUGUUUCCAGGUGUUUCUUCCCGAUAGUCAUGGCUGUUUUACCAUUGAGCUUCCUCCAGUUGUCUCAAACCCUAUUUAUGACAACAGGGCACCCAAUACAGCAGAGCUGAGGAUUUGUCGUGUGGAUAAAAACUGCGGAAGUGUUCAAGGUGGUGAUGAAAUCUUCUUGCUGUGCGACAAGGUCCAAAAAGAUGAUAUUGAAGUUCGCUUCUUCAAAGACUCUUGGGAAGCUAAAGGCACCUUUUCUCAUGCUGAUGUCCAUCGGCAAGUUGCCAUAGUUUUCAGAACCCCAGCAUACUUCAAGACAAACAUCACAGUGCCAGAAACUGUACAAAUGCAGCUUCGGCGACCAUCGGACCAGGAGGUUAGCGAUCCAAUGGAUUUCAAAUACCUACCAAUUGAAAAAGACCCUUAUAGUCUACAAGAAAAAAGAAAACGGACAGCAGCAGUUUUUCAAAAGCUUGUACAAGACUGGAGGCAACCAGAACAAUCUAAAGUGGUGAAAUAUGAACCCAGCCAUAGAAGCACAAGUAAGAAAGAGCCUUUUAAUCUGUAUACAGCACUGACACCAAAGCAGCAACCUUCUUCUGUGUCUCUGAGUCAGAUUCAGAGCUGUUACUCUGUGUUGGAUUCACCUUUAAAUGCAGUGAUACUUCAGCCUCCAAGUGUUCAACCUAUGGUGCUAACAGACUUACAGUGGUCUACUGGGGUUGCACCCUUAGUUUUCAAUUCAACUUCCAGUAUCUGUUCACCACAGUUACCACAUUGCGGCACACUAGCUAACACUCCUCUACCAUUGGUAGGUAAUUUUGAUGCUGAGAAGUGUAUAUCUCUACACACUGGUUUACCACAAACUUUAUGUGGUGUUGACAGCAACAUGAGAAUCUCAGGAAUCCAGAACAGCACACAGGCCAGCAUUUUCAGUGUCCCCAACAUCUCUUCAAUAGGAUAUGAAAACAGCACUUCAGUGGAUCUAAACCCCUCAAAUGGUGACAUCCUGGAGCAGGUUUUAAACUUUGAAGACGCAGAUGCUUUCAUCAGUAAAAGUAUGCCACCAAACAGCAGUACUGAAAGUGGCGUGCACAGUGUACCAAAUCAUACAUUCUUUGCUACUUCAGUUCAAGGGGAAGAUCGUUUUUCUCCUGUUGCACUUGAGUCAAGCAGUUGCUUAAGUACUGACUUGGAUGACCUGCUAAGGUGUUUAAAUGACUCUAUAGCUGAAUAAAAUUACAAUUCAUCUCAUCAUAUCAUCAUAUUACUGUAGUUCAUUUAAAAAAGUAUAUAUAUAUAUAUAUAUAUAUAUAUGUAUGCUGCUAAAGAUAAAAUAAGUAAUGUUUCCAAAUAUAUUUAAACAGAAAUUUUCUGAAAGUGAUUUUGACUGAUAAACUCUGAUGUUAUUGCGCUUUUUACUUCUGUGAAGGCCAUCAGUUUCAGCAAACUGUGAAUUUAAAAUGCAGCAAAUAAUGAGCUGACAUGCAGAAGAAACAACUGCCGGAUCGCCAUGAUACUGACAGGUCUGCUUUUGGUGGUGCAUACCUUUAGAUUAGUAACCAUCCUUGACUGAAUGUCCUGGAUUGCAUGAACCUUUGAUAAUGGGGUGUCCUACAGGUUCAUCACACAUGGAUGGAAUGAGACUGACAGGAUGUAUUAUGUUACUCGUUCACUCAUAAAAAUGAAGACUGUACUUUUAGUUUUGCAAUUAAUAUACUUUCUACAUGCACUCCUUUAAAAAAAUAGAUAAAAACAGAGAGACCUUA